AUGGACCUGUUCGAUGCAGGUGAGAGCAGCCUACUUUAUCCGUACGUCGUGGAGCAUAACUUCUCGGACGGUGCAUCGACAUACAAUGGUAAACAUAGCGGUGCCAUCCCGCUCUACACCGGGUAUCCGCGGCUGCUGCUCAAUAUUGCGACGGUGACGUGUAUCGCUUACAUGGUGGUUGGCGUUCCCGGCAACCUGCUAACGAUAGUGGCCCUGGUAAAGAGCAAGAAAACACGCAAUGCAACGGCCGUUUUCAUCAUGAAUUUAUCGUUCUCCGAUUUGCUGUUUUGUUGCUUCAAUCUGCCUUUGGCCGCGAGCACCUUUUGGCAUCAGGCGUGGCUGUACGGGGAUCUCUUCUGCCGCCUGCUGCCCAUGAUGCGCUAUGGGUUGCUGGCCGUUUCACUGUUCACCAUUCUGGCCAUUACUAUCAACCGCUACAUUAUGAUCGGUCAUCAGCGGUUGUAUCAAAGAGUUUAUAAAACGAAGCACCUGUGCUUAAUGGUGGCCUUCACCUGGAUACUUGGGUUCGGGUCACUACUGCCAACGUGGCUGGAAAAGUGGGGAAAAUUUGGGUUAGAUGGGGUUAUCCAUUCGUGUUCUAUACUGCCCGACAGUCAACGUCACUCACCGAAACAGUUUCUGUUCCUGAUCGCCUUCGCCCUGCCCUGUCUGUCGAUCAUAGUGUGUUACGCGAGAAUUUUUUACAUCGUCCGCAGCACGGCACUACGCACGCAGGAUCAGGCGAGCGACAAUCUGGAGGACAGCUUGGAAGAUCUGUCAACCGGUGUGAGCAAUCAGCAGCUGGCGGAAAACUGCGACACAAGUCAGAUCGUCCCACGGCCGCUAUCGUACACCAAUUUCGGCCCGGACUCGGACUGGCGUUUCAUCGAUUCCAGUACGGACAACGAGAUCUUCUGUGAUGCCACGGAUGGGGCCGAUCGGCCGAAGAGUGCUGAAACGGAUGACCGCCGCACUUCAAGGAUCCAGCCACAAACCCCCAAAAGUGCGGUAGAUGGAAUUGUUAAACCGCGAAACCAACGGUAUGCCGCAGCAUCCGGCCCCGGGGUGCGGCGGAACGCAAGCAACUUGAACGCGCGGAAGCGCAGAAGACAUCUCAACACUUCCGGUGCAUCGAUCAUGAGUGCGGGCAAAAUGUCCGCCAAGGACCGGAAGCUGCUCCAGAUGAUUCUGGUGAUUUUCGUCGCGUUUCUCAUCUGCUAUCUGCCCAUCACGGUCGUGAAGCUGUUCCGGCCCAGCCUGCAGAUACUGAACGUGAUGUCCUAUCUGCUGAUCUACCUGACCACCUGCAUCAAUCCGAUCAUUUACGUGGUAAUGUCCAGAGAGUACCGGCAAGCGUACUCGGACCUUGUGCUGUGUCGUCCGUACGAGAAAGCCAAGGCAAAGCCACCGAAGACCGCCAAUGUGAUGCGCGUUGCCUCGAAGCGUUAG